CUUAAUUUAAAAUUCAUAAUGGACUUCUCAAGACUCACUUGUGGGAUAAAGUAUCGCACUAAGAAAAGAAAGGUUAGGAGUCUUCCUAGGAAGGGAAAAGAUCUCAAGAUAGUAUCCCUUCACCCAUCCCAAAGAAAGACCAAUAAUAGCUGUGCAAGACGAACACUUAUUUUUCAGGCGAUGAGAGGAAAUGAGACCAAGAAUAACUUCUCUAAGAGAUGAGCCAAUAGAGGACCAAAGCUAUUAACAGCUAUUAGUAGAGGAAGUCAUGCUCCAAAGAUCUACAAUCAGUCAAAAUAACGAAAGUAUUGGGUUGCCUCAAACUAAACUAGUAACGCCAAUUUCGACUAAGAUUACUCAGCAGAUUCCAAGUUCAGGAUUAUUCUCUCUCCUAAAGCACUUUAAUUUGGAGCAAUACUACAAUAAAUUCUUGUCUCUUGGCUUUUCUGAUUCUGAUCCCCAAAUCCACUUACUCAGAAUCCAAAAUAGGAGAAAAUUUAUUAAUACUCUGAAUCCUCUUCCUGGCCAUAAUUCAAGAUUUAUGAGAAUGUUUUCAAAACUCCAGAAAAUGCUCCCUCGAGAUGAAUUUUACUCCAAAUUUACCAGUGAAAAUAAAGAAAAUUUUAAUCAUGCGAACGCUUGGCCCAUCGUCACUAAUAAUAACCAGAGAAGGAGAGUGGCCCCAGAAGUCUCACAACCAAAGAAUGACCUCUUUGCCAAGAUUGAGAAGGAUAAGAUCAUUGAUGGAAGAGUAGGCAUCAGGAAGUCAUCCGCUGGACUUAGUAUUUCCAAGCUAGGAAAGCUGCUAGAAGGAGGGUUUCAGAAGCAGAGAAAUCGAUUUAUAAAGAAUAUCAAUACAAAAUCCAAUGCAAGAAACAGGAAAUUCAAGCCCCUAAGGAGCAGCAGUCACAGCAAUAGUCGUGCAGAACCUCCCAAAAACAUUCAGCACAACAACUUCUCUAAAAAUCUCCAGCGCCCCUUCGAUUACACAGACUCCCGCAAGAUUGAAGACGACCGUGUCAGGAACAAGACCGUCCUCUCGCUCUUCACAAAGCAGACCCAAAUUGACCCUCGUCUCAAAAAGUACUCAAUAUCUCAUAUAACCCAAAAUACCUGUCAUAAUCUAAACAGGUCGAAUAUCUCCGCUCAAAAAGUGAGCUCAGACACUAGCAAAUAUUUGAACAGCAACCAUUCGCCUAAAUCCCAUUGCCAGGCUUUCCUUGAACCCCCAAGGGCUUCCUUCAAGAUGGCACCCCAGAACUCAUAUGAGGUGUUUGAUACAGAGGUUGUGGAGAAAGCAGACUCGGCAGAAAAAUCUGAGGUCUCAGAGAAAAUACAGAAGACUGAAAUCACAACUCCUUCCUCCCAACGCACUCCAAUUAAGGAAAUCCCUAUUCGUAAUGACUUCCAAAAUACUGACUCGAAGAUGGAGCUUAAAUCUAACACCUUGAUUCCGAUUUAUUCAGACAUGCACAAAGCGUGCUUUGCCCUCGCUCAGGUUGUCCUCAGACACGUAAAAUUCUCAAGAGGCAUGCUAUUUCUGGAAGAUCUAGCAAAAGUAGUGAGAGACAGAGAGGUUAUUGAGAGUGCUAAAAAGAACAUGAAUAAUAUCCAAAAUAAAAUUGAACUAACUCCUUCUCAAAAUAUCCUCAAAUUCAACUACUGUUUCAACUCAAAUCUCAAAUUUGACGGUUCUCUAGUCAAGCCAGACUAUCUUGAUGAUAAGAUGGAGUCCCUUGAAGGACUAAGGAAGGAACUAACUUUUGAAUGUAAGGAAGAUUCCUCGAAAAAUAAUGAAGUGAUCAAGCUGAAUCUCUCUGAAAGUAGCUCUCCUCGCAGAAACGAUAAUAUCAAGAAUACUUUCACAUUUAACAGUGAGGAUAAAGAGCCUAGGAACACUAUCAAAGGUAUUAUUGUUGAAGAGCUUACUGACAGCAAACAAAUGAGCAUCGAUGAUGAAGAGGAAAGGGAGAAUUCUCCUUUGAAACAAAUCAAUUUCUUAAGAGCUUCUCAUUCUUCACCAAGCAUUGUGUCCAGCCAGAGGACAGGAGGAAAUGUGUUCAACCUCAGGUCAAUCUGUGGCCAAUCUAAUGCAGAAAAAGAGCAAUCUAGCGUCUUCAGACCUAAAAGAGCUAGGCUUCAGAGCGAGCAAAGGUCUGAAGAAAGUACUCCACAGAUGAAUCCAAGGAUGAAUCAUGAAUCUGAAGAGAAAGACCUCCCCCUUGCUCCUUGAUCUCCAGAUAUUGGAAUGAAAAGAAGAAGACAGCAGAAAGAAAAGGAUAUAGCAAACAACCCAAAUAUGUUGAUGAAAUCUGCAGAUACUCCUGCCAGCCAGAGUGACGAAAGUGAAUCAUCUCCUGAUGGCUGACUAAAGAUGAAUCUUUGUUUCAAUAGACAGUCUGAGUCAGACUAUGACCCAAAUGAACCAUCUCCAGAACCCAUAAGAGCAUUUUCUCGCUAUGAGAGUGCUUACAAAAUUAACCCAGCUUGUGGCUCUUUGAAGAAAUAUACUGAGGAAGAAAUGAGAAGAUUUGAUAGAAAUUAUGACAUUAAUACAGAUGAAUUUAAGAAAGAAAGUUUAGACACUACCCCAUCAAGCUUUGAACAAAUUUUCAAUACAAUUAAGCAGCUUACAAAUCUUGCCAAGAUGGAGAGCGAGAUUCCAAUCAUGGCUCUUGUCUAUAUGGAAAAACUCAUGAAGAAGACUGGCAUCCUUAUCAAUGAAAACAACUGGAAAAGAAUCGUACUCAUUACUCUUUGUGUAGCUUCCAAAAUCUGGGAUGACGAUUCUUUUGAAAACGAACAUUUUGCUCAAGUUUACAAAGAUAUUCCUCUCAGAGAGAUCUCACGUCUUGAAAAGACCUUUUUGAACCUGAUAGAGUAUGAAGUGAUGGUGUCAAGAAAGCAAUUUACCAAGUAUUCUUUCAUCCUAAAUACCUUCUGCAAUGACUCUAUGAAGAAUUUCGAAACCCCUGCAAAGCAGAGGUCUCUAAAGAAACUAGAAUUCCAGAGCGAGAGGAUGCAGAACAAACAUCUGUCUAAGAUCAAAUUUAAUUAAAUUUGCAAAAUAUUCUCAAUGCCC